AUCUCACAAGUCACAACACACACAUUCCUUCACGGUUGUACGGCACAGUGUAUCAACUUCGUUCCUCCCUCUAUUCGCGGCACGGUGCUCCGGAGAAUAAAAAUCUCUAGUUCGUGAUAUGGAAUAUGUGCCGAGACACCCACUGCUGAAAUCAAAAGAGCCCAAUGAAGAUCCUGCAAUGGAGAUGCAAGAUCUAAUAACAAUGUUAGAGACUAAGCAGUAUGCAUAUUGGAGUAAGAAGUAUGUGUAUUGGCAUAGAAGACAUGAAAAUUCCGAUAAUGUGAAAGAUAUAUUUUGGACACAUCAAGAUGCAAUACGUUUGUUGAACGAAUUUCACUUUGUCUUGGUCAUUGGCUGCACAUACAAAACCAAUAGGUUUCGGUUGCCACUACUUGAAAUUGUUGGUGUUACUUCGACAGAGUUGACAUUUACUGUGGCAUUUGCCUUUUUGGAUUCUGAGCGAAUAGAUAACUUCACAUGGGCGUUACAGAAGUUAAGAGGAUUGUUUUUGAGUGAUGAUUCUAUUUCUAAAGUUAUUGUGACCGACAAAGACCCGGUUUUGAUGAACGCGGUUGAAUUUGUUUUUCCAAGUUCACAUAAUUUGCUAUGUCGAUUUCACAUGUCUAUAAAUGUAAGACCAAAAUGCAAGACUUUGGUGUCUCCGAAGGAGAAAAAUCUGUAUGUGCUUGCUGCAUGGAGUGAUCUUAUAAAUUCUCAUGACAAGGUUGAGUAUGUGCAGCGCUUGCAGCAUUUUGAGGAAGUAUGCGCGGAUUAUCCUAUUUUUCUUGAGUAUGUGAAAAAUAUAUGGUUGAUUCCUCACAAGGAAAAGAUUGUCUCAGCAUGGACUGAUCGAGUCAUGCACCUAGGAAAUACAACAACAAACAGGGUUAGGUCUAUACGUGGUACUUGGAAGUCAUUAAUGCAAGAUAGAAGUGGAGACAUGUGUGAAUGUUGGGAUGCAAUGCAUAAUAUGUUUGUACUGCAACACACUGCAAUAAAGGCUUCAUUCGGAAGAACCAUGUCCGUGGUGCAACACAAUCAUAAUAUUCCUGUGUAUGGGAAAUUGAGGGGAUUUGUAUCAAGGAAGGGACUAAAUCGUAUUGUUCUUGAGUAUGAUCGAGUGAUCUCUGUAGAUGUUGACAAUUCUAUUUGUGGUUGUAAAGUUAGAACUAUACAUGGUUUACCUUGUGCCUGUGAACUUGCGGGAUAUAAUAGAGCGGGUGUUGCCAUUCCAUUGUCGGCAGUUCAUAUACAUUGGAGGAGAUUAUCAUUUGGUGAUGAAAAAGAGAAAGAUUCAAACAAGGUGAAAGAAGAAGACUUGGUGCAUGAGUGGAAUGCAUUGUUAAAUCUGUUUCAAGAACUUGAUGUUCCUGGUAAAAUUACUCUGAAGAGCAAAGUGCGUGAGCUUGCAUUUCUAGAUACAACUUCAAUGUGUCAGCCUCUGAUCAUUGAAGUUGAAAGCCCUUCUACUAGUGGCAAAAGCUCUUCUGAGGAAGACUUGGCGCAUGAGUGGGAUGCAUUGAUAAAGCGUUUUCAAGAACUUGACAUUGUUGGUAAAAUUACAUUGAAAAGCAAAGUGCGUGAACUUGUAUUUCCUGAUACAACUUCAGCGUGUCAACCUUCGAUCAUGGAAAGUGAAUGCCCUUCUUCUAGUGGGGAAGAGCCUUCAAUCGGUCCAAUGUCUGAUUCGGUGUUUGAGGGAAGGUGCCAUAGAGUUGCUGAGAUUCAUCAAACUGCCUUAGAUAAACGCAUCACUGAGAUUCUUGAAGGAACUGAGAUUUAUAAACACAUCAUUGAGGCACUUUGCAUUGUGCAAGAUGAAAGUGAGGAAGGUGAAAGUAUGGAGGGACUUGAACAUCAGAGGAGAAAGAAGCCUCGCACCACACAAUGUUUAAUUUGACUGUGUUUUUAUUUGCUUAACGACCUCUUUUGUAUAAUCCCUUGGUUUUGUUAUGACUGCUCCUUUGUUAACCUUUAGGACUUAUGGUGACACUUCAUUAUGACACUAUUAUCUAUGGUACUGUAUCAAAUAUUAGCAACAAAAAAAAAAAAAAAAA